AUGGCACCCCGUCGCAAAGCAUCUUCGGUCCCUGAGGGCUACAAAGAAGAUCUCUCCAGAGGCAAUAUGCUCAGAUUCGAAGACUCCCUCCCCCGCCUGCCGGUACCCUCUCUGGAAGAAACGGGCCGUCGCUACCUCAAGUCCGUCCACGCGCUGGUCUCCGAGGCCGAAUAUGAGCGCACCAAGAAGGCCGUCGACGCCUUUGUUCGCCCGGGUGGUGAGGGUGAGCCCCUGCAGGAAAGGUUGCUCGCCCGCGCCGCCGACCCCAAGGUGAAGAACUGGCUUCUUGAAUGGUGGAAUCACGCCGCAUACCUGGGCUACCGGGACCCUGUCAUCCCCUACGUUUCGUACUUCUACUCCUACCGCGACGAUCGCGCCCGGCGGGACCCCGCCAAGCGCGCCGCCUCGGUUGCUACCGCCGCUCUGGAAUUCAAGCGCCAGGUCGACGAUGGCUCCUUGGAGCCUGAAUACAUGCGCGGCCAGCCCAUGGCUAUGAGCACCUACCAGUACAUGUUCAACUGCUGCCGUAUCCCUGGUGACCGUGUCGAUUACCCCCAGAAAUUCCCGGCUCAGGACAACGAGCACAUUGUGGUCGUGCGCAAGAACCAAUUUUUCAAGGUGCCUUUGACCGUCAACGGCAAGCGCCUGAACAACUCUGAGCUGCAGCGCCAGUUUGAGCGCAUCUACGAGGUUGCCCAGCCCGCUCCGGCGGUCGGCGUCUUGACCGUCGCUAACCGUGACCUGUGGGCCGACGCACGGAAGAAGCUGCUGGCUGCGCACCCGGCCAAUGAGCAGGCAUUGCGGGACAUCGAGUCCAGCGGGUUCCUUGUCUGUCUGGACAAUGCCACUCCCGUUACGCUAGAGGAGCGUGCUCAUCAGUACUGGCACGGUGAUGGUACCAACCGCUGGUUCGACAAGCCGCUGCAGUUCAUCAUCAAUGACAAUGGCACCGCUGGGUUCAUGGGCGAGCACAGCAUGAUGGACGGCAGCCCCACCCACCGCCUGAACGACCACUUGAACAACCUCAUCUUCAACCACAAGAUCGACCUCUCCGAGCAGCCCGUGCGGUCUGACCUGCCCGACCCUCGUCCCAUCACCUUCCACCUGGACGGCCCGGUACUGGAGGCCAUUGAUGCUGCCAACAAGGAGCACCGCCAGCAGAUCUCGUCGCACGAGCUCCGCGUCCAGGCCUACCAGGGCUACGGCAAGGGUCUCAUCAAGAAAUUCAAGUGCAGUCCGGAUGCGUACGUGCAGAUGAUCAUCCAGCUCGCUUAUUUCAAGAUGUACGGCAAGAACCGCCCGACGUACGAGUCUGCCUCGACCCGCAAGUUCCAGGAGGGCCGCACAGAGACCAUCCGCACGGUGUCGGAUGAGAGCGUUGCUUUCUGCAAGGCCAUCAGCGACCCUGCCGUCCCCCGCGAGGAGGCUGUCCGUCUACUCCGCUCCGCACUGGCCGCCCACACGAAGUACACGGCGGAAGCCAGCGAUGGCCGUGGUGUGGACCGCCACCUGUUCGGUCUGAAGAAGCUGCUGCGUGAGGGUGAGAAACUGCCUGCUCUCUAUGAAGACCCCGCAUUUGCGUACAGUAGCUCGUGGUACCUAUCAACCAGCCAGCUGAGCUCGGAGUUCUUCAACGGCUACGGAUGGAGUCAAGUGAUUGACGACGGAUUCGGCAUCGCUUAUAUGAUUAACGAGAACAGCUUGAACUUCAACAUUGUGUGCAAGCGCCUUGGCGCAGAGCGCAUGAGCUACUAUUUGAACGAGGCGGCAUCUGAUAUGAGAGACAUGCUGAUGCCCGACUUGGCUGCCCAGAGCGAGAAGGCCAAGAUGUAA